UAAUCAUUUGCCGAUGAAGUGCGCUAAAGAAAUACGAAGCAAGUCAAUUUUGCAUUGAUCGCCAACGAAACGAGUAAUUGCGCUGCAUUUUUUGUGCGAAGUUUUGUUCUUUGUUUCGAGAUAAUGGAACCGAAUAGAAGGAGUGCAGGUCGGAUAAAAACAAAAUUCGACUUGGGCCUUGCAUUCUGGAAAUAUCUGAUGUUACUUUUGAAUGUUGGCUUCGUUAUAUCAAGCGUCUUAUUGAUAUCGGCUGGAGUUUCAACGUAUCUCACAUUUAAAACAAUGUACAAUGAAAUGGGUGAUGCUUUCCGAAUGUUAUCAAUUUUUUGGAUGGUUGUUGGAGUUACCACAACAGCCAUCGGGACAUUUGGUAUUUUCGUUGCUUUUAAAGAGAAUGUAACCCUAGCAAAUUUGUAUGGCAUUGCAAUGACGUUUGUAUUUUUGGGUCCAAUCUCUGCCGGUAUUGCUGACUUCACUCUGAUAUCCAGAUCACGAUAUAUCGCAUCAGACCUACUGGAUUCAAUGAUUAAAGGUUAUAGUUACAGCAAUGAAUAUAGGUACAACAUAGACUACGUCUAUAACUAUAUCUACAACUUUGCUGGCUAUAGCUACUACUAUGAAUACGACUACCGUUCUGCAAUGGACUGGAUACAAACGAAGUUUGAAUGCUGUGGCAAUAAUGGACCAAGCGAUUGGGCAAAUUUAUUGCUUUAUUGGUUACCCCAUCACCUACAAACUGUCGAUGGGCCCAUUAACUCAGCCCUUGGCGAGUACCCAAUGCCUGCGUCGUGUUGUGUGCAAAACAGCAAUUACGUGAAAUUAACUUGCGAAAAAUAUCACAGCACCGGCUGUUUCGAGCCUAUUCAUCAAAUUUUUUCUGAGACUGUCAUGUCGAUUGGUACUUUUGGACUAUUCUUUUCCAUGUUGCAGAUGUUGGCCAUCAUCUUAGGAUUCGUGUAUGCUCAGAUUCUACGUGACAAAUCCAGAGUCCAGAAUUAUGUGAACGUCUCGAAUAGUGUUCAAGAAGAAGAAAGAAAUGUGAGCUGUUGUUGAUGUAAAUUAAAAGUUGGAAGCUCCAGUUUUUUUCAUGCUUCGGACGGACAAUGAUGGCAA